CUGCCCGCACCGGUGAGACAGUCAGAGAUGGAGCGGUCCGCAGGCGCCAAACCCCGGAGCGCAGCUGAAUCUCCACACAGCUCAUCCAAACAGUCUGAAGGAACAAACCAGAAGAAACACCACCAGCGGAGUGGAAAACCAAACCCUCCACAUGGAUCCAAACUUCACAGUAAACCGUUUUAAAGAUUCUCCUGGUGCUACCGUGUGAUUCUGUUCGGGACCUGAUGCGUGUCAAGGGGCUAUGGUGAGGCCAUGUGCACAGGCUGGUGUGAGAAGAGAUGCGCCACAGUCGGUGGAGGAAGAGGAAGGGGGAGAAUUACAAGUCUGGACUUCUACUCGUGGUUGUGCGUGUCCCUCUUGUUCUCAGCUCUGCCGGGUCAAGCGACCCCGCAGUGCCCGGACAGGUGUCACUGCGCUUGGGACACGUUCACCGUUGUGUGCUCGGAUGCUGGGCUACGAGAAAUCCCGGAGGGGAUCCCGCCGGAGACGGUCUCUCUCCACUUGGAACGCAACUACAUUCGAAGCAUCCCAGAGAGUGCCUUCAGCCACUUGGUCCACCUGCAGGAUCUUUACCUCUCCGACAACCGGAUCGAGACACUAUCCACUGGAGCCCUGCUCCAUCUGGGGCCCAAGCUGCGCCUGCUGGACCUCUCGUAUAACCAGCUGAGGCACGCCAGCAGGGAGGAGUUCGGCUCAACUCGAGCGAAGACGCGCCUCUUCCACAACCCCUGGCACUGCGACUGCACCCUGCAGGAGCUGAUGGAGACCCUGAACCUGGAGGCCGAGACGGUGAACGAGAUCAUCUGCAAGAGCUCUGUGCGGGGGGUGGGUGAGGGGGGCCGGUGGGAGGACCCGGGGUCACAGGGCGAGCACGCGGGCCAGCCGCUGGUCAAGCUUUUGGAUUCUGGGGUGAAUUUUUGCAGCCUGCAGAGGAAGACCACCGAUGUGGCCAUGCUGGUGACCAUGUUCGUGUGGUUCUUUAUGGUCAUCGUGUACGUCGUGUACUACGUUAGGCAGAACCAAGCGGAGGCCCGCAGGCAUUUAGAGUACUUGAAGAGUUUACCCAGUCCACGCAAGACCCCCACUGAGACAGACACCCUGAGCACUGGUUUCUGAGGACUUUUAAUUGGAACAUUCACACAUCAUCUUAAUAGACAAUGACUCCACAAUCCUCAAGAAUUUCAUGUAAACCAACUGUGGAGGAUGAUAAACAGAGAGGGAAUUCAUGUCUUACAACUGUUUAAUUUCUUCUUUAACUUUUUCCUUCUUUUUAAUUAAAAAACAAGUUUACAAUUGUCUAUUGUGCUCACUGCACAGACAAAAAGGAGAAGAGUGAAAAAAUGUAGCAGAAGUGAAGAUAAAACAAGYCCACGUAGUGUAUAGAGAAAGGCAUUUGAACUUAAUAACAGUCUGUCUCUUUUUGUAGCUCAUCUUUUCUUCUCUUGCCAUGCCUCAUAAUUUGCUCUUUUAUCUUUCAUUAGGCUCUAAUUAUGAGAGUCUGAGCAGCUGACCCCUAAUGAACACCUAAAAAAGGCACUAAUCAGUGUGAUUUCAGGUGUGCAGGCUCUUUUAAUGCACACACAUGUCUGCAUAUAUGGUGCUUUGAUUCAUUGUUCUGGCCAUUUUUACUUUGAUUACUUUGAGUUAGCACUAUUUAAGUCUUUAUUACACAAUCUCUAUGCCAGAUUCGGCGGUUCCAGCGGAGAGCUGCUGAUCUAAAUUUACUCCCAGAAAGGCAAUAGAGCUGGAAGUGAAUUACUUUGUCUCCACUCUGCAGCACUCAGCUCUGAAAACCUCUGGCCUGCUUCAUAUACAUAUAGAUGUUAUUGAUUGGUGUGAAGAAAUUUCAUUCCGUUUUAAAUAUGGAUUUGUGUUGCCAWCUAUUCAGAGAAAAGCUGUUAGUUAAUGUCGGAGUUGUUUCUUUUUUUUUGGUCGUCCUAUUUUCGCAUCGACUCCAUCCUAAUGGAAUCUAUUUUUGCAGCCAAUAAAAUAUUAGCACAUAAUUUAAUACGAAAGUAAUCAUUUGUCCCUUCAGAACAUUUAUUUCUUGCUGCAAACACUGAUCAAAUUCUGACUGGAUUAACAGCCACAAUUGAUGUUUAAAUUGAUUUUAUUGAAUCAUAUUUUCUAUUGAAAUAACUGUAUGGAGUCUAAAGAGAAGGUUUGCAUUGGAUUUAAAUAUGUCAUUAUUUUUCUUGCAUUAAGUCUAAAUGGAUCAUUGCAAUUAGCACCCCCAAACAUGCCACAUCACAUUUUAGCUCAAUAACUAUGAAAAUGACUGAGGUUUGAUACAUUUGGGUUUGCUAAGUUGGAUCAGUUGUGGUGGCCAUUUUGAAUUGGGUUCACUCUAGAUCUACAUCCAAUAGUAAAUAAACUAAUUUAAUGAGGUUUUUUAUUUCAUUUUCUGUAAACUGUGUGGGUAAAUGUUGCCCUAUCAUAAUGUGGUCAACAAUAUUUGUUCACCAUACAAUUCAUUGAAGAUAUUGACAUUUAUACUGCAAUAUAUUUGUUCAAAUUGGAAAUUAUUUACAUUUUUUUCUCCAUGAUCAAUUCCUAAAGAUCAUAUUGUCGUUUAGUCACUAACACAACUUUGUUGUAUGUUUAACACGUAAUAAAAAGAUGUCCAACUGUCUGUAAUUAUGGUAUGUAGAAGAAACRAACACAAUUUAGAUUAGAGUUAGAUCAUCUCAGUAAGGUGUGUUAUAUAAUUGUUGGAGAGACAGGAUGUAAUAUGUGUCACUUAGAUUCAGGAAAUUAAGGUUCACUUGAAAUUUUUACAGUUUAUGUUUAAUCACAACUUCAAAAAAUCAAAAAAAGACUGUGAAAGUAUCAAGUUGUGACUAUCAAAGUUUUGUGGAUAAAUGUUGCACAUUUAGCCAAUAUAAAUAACUUCUGACUGUUUGCUGUUUGUCACAAAUAA